AUGUCAAAGCUAUUAAAGUUGGUUAUUGUUGGAGAUGGAGGUGUUGGCAAGUCAGCACUCACCAUUCAAUUGACACAGAAUCAGUUCAUUGCCGAGUAUGAUCCAACCAUUGAGAACUCUUACCGCAAGCAAGUGGUCAUCGAUGAAGAAGUCUACAUGCUCGAUAUCCUAGAUACUGCCGGUCAGGAAGAGUACUCAGCGAUGAGAGAUCAAUAUAUUCGCUCUGGAAGAGGAUUCUUGAUCGUUUAUAGCAUUGCCUCGAGACCGAGCUUUGAAGCAGUGACAUCGUUUAGGGAUCAGAUUCUGCGAGUUAAGGAUUUGUCGACAUAUCCAAUGGUGAUCAUUGGUAACAAGGUCGAUCUGCCAGAUAAGGAGCGCAAGGUCAGCACGCUGGAGGGCAAGGAGUUGUCCAAGAGCUUUGGAGCGCCAUUCUUGGAGAGCAGUGCAAAGUCACGUGUCAAUGUCGAGGAGGCCUUCUUCACGCUGGUUCGCGAGAUCAAGAAGUGGUCCACCAAUCCAGAGAACCAGGAAAUGACACAUACAACCAAGAAAAAGUCAUACAUCGUCACGGCAGCAGUCAACACUCUAGGCAGCUGGCAUUCAACUCAACUCCCCUCCCUCCGCAACUAUAUACUACUCUCCUACUCUCUACUCCUCAACUGGCAUGACCCCGGUCAGAUCUGA